GAAAUAGGGUGCACCUUCGCCUCCAUCUAUGACAUUAGAAUGUGACUGUUCCUCUUUCCUCUCUUCACUCCUUCACUCAUUUUUUUCUCUUCGCCUCACUCUUCUCUUCUUCUUUUCAGUUUGGAAAAUUACAGUCUUCCAAGUCCGAAUGAUCAAAGUUUUCUCUCAGACUCUCUUUAUUACAUUCUAGCUCCCAACUCUCCUAUUAGUAAGUUAACCAAUUUCUCAGUUUCUAAAUCGAUUAUAAACCCUAGAUAGUCAGGAAGGAGUAGUUUUCAGUUGAAGAUACAUAGCUAGGUUGCUAUUUCUUUUAUCAUUGAUUUCUAACAUUAUAGCACUACAUGAUUGCUAAUCAGUUGUUAUUUUGUCGUUAAAUUUCAGUUUCUUUUUUUGUGAGUGCUUUCAUAGUCAUGGGUGCUGGUUUUAGGCAUUUGGGUUAGCAUAAACUCCGCCAUGUUUGGAGCUUAGUGAGGGGGUAGUUGAGUUUAUUUUGUGAACUUUACUGUAAGGAUUUGGAAGUGGGCAUGGUGGGCAAGGAGGAUGCAUCUGGUGCUUCAUGGGGUCCAUCGCAGCCUCCUUCCGGUUCCCGGAAGAUGUUCUGGCGUUCGGCUUCAUGGUCUGCUUCUCGGUCUUCGUUACACAACCCUGAGAAUGAAGAGAAAGAUGUUGCAGAUCCAAGUAAUGGUAGUCUUGGAAACGGCCAUGGGCAAAACCGUCGGUUUCCUGCUCCAUUAACCCCUCGUUCUCAGCAGAAUUGCAAGGCCAGGUCAUGUUUGCCACCCUUGCAGCCAUUAUCGAUAGCUCGUCGGAGCUUGGAUGAGUGGCCCAAAGCGAGUUCAGACGAUAUCGGUGAGUGGCCGCAGCCUCCAACACCAAGUGGAAGAGGAGGCGGGGAAAGGCUGAAGCUUGAUUUGUCGUCGAUUCAGCGAAACCAGCCAGAUAAGAAUGGUGGGCUUGUGAGAAGGGAUAAGAUUGCUUUCUUUGAUAAAGAGUGUUCAAAAGUUGCAGAACAUAUCUACCUCGGUGGCGAUGCUGUUGCAAAGGACAGGGAAAUACUUGAGCAGAAUGGCAUUACCCAUGUACUGAACUGUGUUGGGUUUGUCUGUCCAGAGUACUUCAAAGCGGAUUUCAUGUAUAGAACAUUGUGGUUACAAGAUAGCCCGUCAGAGGAUAUUACUAGUAUCUUGUAUGAUGUUUUUGAUUACUUUGAAGAUGUUAGGGAACAGCGAGGGAGGGUUUUUGUUCACUGUUGCCAAGGGGUGUCCCGUUCAACAUCUUUGGUCAUUGCUUAUCUUAUGUGGAGAGAAGGUCAGAGUUUUGACGAUGCUUUUCAGUAUGUCAAAGCAGCGAGAGGAAUAGCUGAUCCCAAUAUGGGGUUUGCUUGUCAGUUGUUGCAGUGUCAAAAGAGGGUCCAUGCGUUUCCACUCAGCCCAAGUUCCUUGCUUAGGAUGUACAGACUUGCUCCACACUCGCCCUACGAUCCUCUUCAUCUUGUUCCGAAGAUGUUGAAUGAUCCUUCUCCGGCUGCUUUGGAUUCCAGAGGGGCCUUUAUCAUUCAUAUUCGUUCCGCAAUUUAUGUUUGGAUUGGUAAGAACUGUGGGACAAUCAUGGAAAGGGAUGCAAGAGGUGCUGUUUGUCAGAUUGUUCGGUAUGAAAGAGUGCAAGGACCAAUAACAGUACUCAAGGAAGGGGAAGAACCAUUGUAUUUUUGGGAUGCUUUUUCAAAUCUUUUACCCUUGAUGGAUAAGUCUGCCAACGUUAACUUAGUUGGAAAAUCAGCUACUAGGAUUUUCCCUGGUGAUAGAAAAGUUGAAUCUUAUAAUGUUGACUUUGAGAUUUUCCAGAAAGCUAUUAUGGGGGGCUUUGUACCGCCAUUUGCAUCAUCAGGAAAUGAGCAUGAAACCCAUCUUCCUGCUAGAGAAAGCAGUUGGAGUCUGCUGAGGAGGAAGUUUGCCUCUGGCAAUAUGAAGGAUUUUGUCUCUGCACCUAGAAUUCCCCUCUCCAGGGUGUAUUUAGACUCAAUGAUGUUGGUGCAUUCCCCUAAAAAUUCUUCAUCACCUUCAUCAGUGUCAUCUUCCUCCUCCUCUUGCUCAUCAUCAUCCUCUUCACCUUCACCUCCUUAUCUCUCUCCGGAUUCCAUAUCUUCUGAACCAAGUACCAGUUCUAAUUAUUUCCCAGAAUCUUCUUUGCAUUCUCCUUCUGCAGCUUCUGGUGUACCUUCAUCACUGUCUAAUUUUUCUAACUUAUCUCUGCUCUCAACCAAAACUUCAUCUCAACCAAAAUCUAGAAGUCCAGAAAUAGCUGGCUCUAAUUUAACUUCUCAGUCGAGUUCUUCACCAUUUAAGAAGUCUUCCUCACCUUCCCUUGUAGAGCGGAGAGGUAGCAUGUCUAAGUCUCUUAAGCUCCCACUUUUGAGUGAUAAGAUGAGGGCUGCUCCCACCUUCUCACUUCUUCCUGAUGAUCAAGAGCGUGCUGUAAAUCUAAGCCACAGUAGUUGCUUCUUAGCCAAUAAUGUUGGCAAUGCCUUGGAGAACAGUGACAUUUUUGAAAAUGGGGAGAGAGUCUCUUCAGAACAAUGCUAUAUGUAUCCUGCCAGGGAAACUGGUGUUGAUCUUGAUUCAAGCCAGGCAAAAGAUGAUUUUGUUAAACAUUGUAGUGAACCUCGGAGAGAAGGCCCAGAUUUCUCAGCCCCAAAUAUGAUAGUAGAUUGUGGUGGCUCAAAGAGAUACGAUGCUUCACAUCCUAUAAUAUGUCGUUGGCCCACUUUAGAGAAAAUGACAACAUUUGGUGUGAAUGAUCUGGAUUCCAGAGCUACUUUCGCUGUUUUGUCUCCAAAUACAGGAGCAGGCAAAAAUGAGGAGAGGGUUUUAUAUGUUUGGGUAGGAAGAUCUGCUGACCGCAGCAAAUGUCAACUUAAGCUAGGUAGUGGUAAAGGAUCAGAUGAUCUAGAAGAGCUUGACUGGAAUCAUGUUGGUUCCGAUGUGCUUAUUCAAAUGGGUCUCUCGAAGGGCAUAAAGAUUAAGAUUGUUAAAGAAGAUGAAGAACCAGCAGAAUUUCUCGCAAUGUUGAGUCUGUUGUAGCGCAUGCAGUAAUGCAGGAGUUUCAACCAAGUUCUUAUUCCUUUAGGUGGCUCUUUUCGACCCUCGACUUACUUUCAGACAUCAACAUUGGUUUAUAGAUAGCCAAAACCAGCAAGGUAAUUAACUAUGAAUUCAAAUUGUUGGAUAUUUGCUACUUCCCUUUUGGGUUUUGUGGUCAAAGAAAUACACGCUAACCAAAGUAGAAAGUUGAACUUGCAUUGGACACUGCCUACUAUUGUAUUGUUCUUGAAAAAAGCUUGUAGAUUUGAUAUAUUUUAUAUUUUCCUUGUGUGUUUGUGUUCUUAUUGCCUAUUUUUCUUCUGGACAUGUUCGAUGCAGGGGGUAGCUAACCAAGUAGCUCUAAUCAACUGGCUGUACAAUGCUGUAGCCUGUGUAACACACCUCUUUCUUAACUAUUGUCCUCUGGACCAACUUUGUAUAUUCACUCAUUCUAGAAGUAAAUCUUGAAAGUUUCUUUUUUGUUUUUUUA